GUGUAAACAGGGCAGGAUCAUGGCCACUAACUACAGUGCCAACCAGUAUGAAAAAGCUUUCUCACCUAAGUACCUGCAGAACUGGUCUCCUGCCAAGCCAACAAAAGAGAGAAUCACUACCCAUGAAGGCUACACUCAGAUUAUUGCCAACGAUCGAGGCCAUCUCCUGCCUUCAGUGCCCCGUUCCAAGGCAAGUCCUUGGGGUUCCUUCAUGGGCACCUGGCAAAUGCCCCUGAAGGUACCACCUGCUCGGGUGACCCUGACCUCCCGCACAACGGAUGCUGCUGCCUCUCUCACCAAAUGGAUAAAGAAGAAUCCUGAUCUACUCAACGCCUCUAAUGGGCUGCGUCCUGAAAUCUUAGGCAAGCCCCAUGACCCUGACUGUCAGAAGAAACAGAAGAAAUCUGUCACCAAGACCGUACAGCAAGCAGCAAAUGCGACCAUAAUUCCCAGCUCCCCGACUAUUGACGGCGACAACGCAGAUGAAACGCAAAGCUCACACCCCUCUGCAGGUCACACACCAGGUCCCCAAACUCCCAUUAACUCUCCCAAGACCCUACCUGCAAGCCCGUGUUAGAAUACCAAGCAGGCAGGUCCUAGUCUAGCCGAGAUCCAGACAUGCAAAGCUGCAGCUCUGCAGGGGAAGAGGCCGAGAUGACAUUUUAGGGACUGAAAUAAGUAAGACCCCCCCACUGUUUUCAGAAACGUGGAGCACAGAAAUGAUGGGCCAGGAGUAAAGGCAAACCUGGGCAAAUAAACAUUGUUUGUUA